UAUAUUUAUAAAAUUAAAAGAAUGGUUCUAUUUAUUUUGCCUAUUUCUUUAAUUUUAAUUAAUUGUAUUUUUAUUUUAAUUAUUUUUUAUAAUUUUUAUUGGAAACGUCGGAAUUUGCCGGAUGGCCCUAUUCCUUUACCUAUAAUUGGAAAUGUUUUAGAAAUUAGUAAAGCUGAUAGACGAUAUAAAUGUUUUGCUGAUUGGGCUAAAAAAUAUGGCCCUGUCUAUACAAUUUGGAUUGGAGAACAGCCACUAGUUAUUAUUACUGAUUAUGAACUUAUAAAAUCAGCAUUUAUUAGAGAUGGCGAUACCUAUGUUGAUAGAGAUUUUUUAAUCAAACAUUUUACUUUAUUUUUUGGUUCUGUUGACGGCAUAAUUCGUACAAAUGGAGAGCAAUGGAGGCAGAUGCGCAAAUUUUUUUAUAAGGCUAUGCGCGACUAUGGAAUCGAUAAAGACACGGUUGAAAAACAGGUUUUAGAUGCAAUUUUCCGUGUUAUUGAUAAAAUCAAAAAUGAAAAGUUAAUGGGUAAAUUAGAACAUUCAAUUGAUAGAGAAGUUGAUUUAAUGACUGGUUCUAUUAUUAAUCAAAUAAUGCUUGGAUUUUCAUUUUACGGGGAAAGAUUUAAGGAAUUUUCUGGUUUAAAACAAUUAUUGGAUAUACAGCAAGUUUAUUUUAUUAGUUUUUGGUCUUUACUGAUUGAAAUGUCCCCUUGGUAA